AUGUUCGGCAGGGUGUUUCACUACGCAGUGGACGCCGCAUUGGUCUCCACGGUUCUGGCGGGCGUGAGACGGUCGAGUGGAUUCACGGUGGAGACGGAUAAGAUCUCCGAGCCUACUUUGCGCUCGGUCACGGAACGAUACCUCGGUUUCGGGGAGACCGUGUUCGACAUGAUCCAGGGCACCGUGGUUAACAGUGACUACUUCAAGCGGGACUCCAAGCGGUGA